UCCAUAUAAGCUCGGUGCCGCCGCUCGGUCGACACUUGUUCUCUUACUGUGGAAGCAGAGCAGACGGAGGAAGUAGAAUGGCCAGAACCAAGCAGACCGCCCGUAAGUCCACCGGAGGCAAAGCUCCCCGGAAGCAGCUGGCCACCAAGGCUGCCCGUAAGAGCGCCCCGGCCACCGGCGGCGUGAAGAAGCCUCACCGUUACAGGCCCGGUACCGUGGCUCUGAGGGAGAUCCGCCGCUACCAGAAGUCCACGGAGCUGCUGAUCCGCAAGCUGCCCUUCCAGCGCCUGGUGCGUGAGAUCGCCCAGGACUUCAAGACCGACCUGCGCUUCCAGAGCUCGGCCGUCAUGGCUCUGCAGGAGGCCAGCGAGGCUUACCUGGUGGGUCUGUUCGAGGACACCAACCUGUGCGCCAUCCACGCCAAGAGGGUCACCAUCAUGCCCAAAGACAUCCAGCUGGCCCGCCGCAUCCGCGGAGAGAGAGCUUAGACUCACCGGACACACGUCACACUGGAAAUAACGGCUCUUUUAAGAGCCACUCACAUUCAUGAUAAGAGUUCAAGUUUCCACAUAGUAAUGUACUAACACUUCCAAGCAUAUUGGUUAGUUUUAAUAUUUAAUGGACGGUAUAUUCAAUGUGGACUGUACACUUAACUGUUAGUUCAAAGUUUGAGUAAAUAAAUGAAUCUGUGUUGUGUA